AUGAAUUUAUUCCGAAGAGUAACUUACUUAGAAUUGAAAAAUUUAUCCUCUAUAAUUCGAACGCUAAGUACUAUACCAGAUGUAAGGAUUUAUGAAGUAGGACCUAGAGAUGGUUUACAAAAUGAAUCAAAAUUUGUCCCUACAGAUAUAAAAGUUGAGCUUAUACAUAAACUUGCUGCAGCUGGAAUCAAAAAUAUCGAAUCUGCAAGUUUUGUGAGUCCUAAAUGGGUGAAACAAAUGAGUGAUGGAGCUGAUGUUAUGAAAAAGCUUAAAAGAACUCCGGGUGUAAAUUAUCCGGUUCUAAUUCCCAAUUUAAAGGGUUAUGAAGCAGCUAUAAAGUGCAAUAUUGACGAGAUUGCAAUAUUUCCAGCUGGCUCAGAAGGGUUUUCAAGGAAAAAUUUAAACUGUUCUGUUCAAGAAGGAUUAGAGAGAUUUAAAGAAGUUGCCAUUCAAGCUGUUAAAGAUGGUUUAAGAGUGAGAGGAUAUAUAUCUUGUGUGGUAGGGUGUCCAUAUGACGGUCCUAUUCACCCUAAAGCUAUUGCAAAGAUAACCGAAGAGCUCUUUGCAAUGGGUUGUUAUGAAGUAUCUUUGGGGGAUACAAUAGGAGUCGGCACUGCAGGAUCAGUUCGGCGACUUCUCCAUGAAGUACUACGAGUAGCUAAACCAGAAAAUUUUGCUUUACAUUUUCAUGAUACUUAUGGUCAAGGUCUUUCCAACUUACUUGCCGGUCUAGAGUUUGGUAUCAAAACAGUAGAUUCAUCUAUAUCUGGUCUCGGUGGGUGUCCCUAUGCCCGUGGAGCUUCUGGAAACCUUGCCACGGAAGAUUUGCUCUAUUUUCUAUAUGGUCUGGGCGUUAAUACUGACAUAAAUCUAGUGAAAUUAAUUGAAGCUGGCCGCUAUAUAUCUAAUUUUCUCGGAAAAAUGCCCGAGUCAAGAGUGAAUCGUGCUAUAAGCGAUAGAUUUAAGGAGAACUCCGAUAUUGCAAAGAUAGCUUCUUGCACAAUCACUCAC